CACUGUUAUUAUUGUAUUAUUAUCAUUGAAUAGAAUAAUCCCACGCUUUAUUAAGUGGCAUAACGUGCAUCAUGUUGUUGCAGCACAUUCUACAUUGAACUUUUAGACAACUUCAACUUGCAGGCAACUUUUAUAUCAGAUUUUUUAGAUUACACGUAUUACCUUUAACAGCUUUAUAUUGGACUUGUUUCUAUGUGGGUAGUGAAGGAUAGGACACAACAUUCCUAAAAGAAGAAUACCCAGUUGUUGGAGAGAAUAAUGGGAGCGAAAAAGUACAGAGCUUGGCAGAAUAAGCUUCGCCUGGGGCAUGGAAAAUCGGUUCUGUACAAAAAGAGUCUGACACACUUUCUUGUGAAGCAAAUACAGACUGAUUUGACCUAUGCAAGGCUUCAGUCUCUUCUGCCUCAACAUAACAAGGAAUCUGAUGUCUUCAGAAAGGAUGUGGAGGACAGGAAGCAAAUCCAAAGCAGUAUCUGUAAAGAGCCACUAAAGUCAGCAGAGUCAUUUAGUAGUAGUAAGGAGAGUUGUCCUACAGUUAUAAUCGAGCAACAUGAAUUGAAUCUAUUUAUCAGAAUCUCUACUGUUAGAAGCUGCAGCGGUGCUCAGUCAGAACUUUUUGAGAUUCUGGAAGAACAAGACCUUGAUAUUCUGCAAGCCCAAGGAUUUUCUACUGAUGAUAGAGUGUUCCAUACGAUCCUGGUCAAGUUUGGCGCGCUAUCUGAGUUGGACUUGAACCCUUUAAGUGAGAGGCUUUACAGCUGGGCUGGAAAAGGUCAGAAUACAGGGUUGCCCAAUUGAAUUCAUUAACAUAAAUUCGUUCUACUCAAAUUUCUGUUUUGUGCAUAUCACUAAUUGUGUGGCAAAGACAAAUUGAAAGCUUCACAAAAGGGCCUUUGCAAAAUUUACAAAGUUAUAUUGUUAUUCUGUAAUUGAUUAAAGACAGUUGCUAAAUUUGUUGGGCAUCAUGAGGGUGGAUUACAGGCUUUGUAUCGCUUGUUUGUAUAAUGGGGCACCCUUUUGUAUCCUGGUUUACAGCUCAUGCGGAAGAAAAAAGCAGCCAUAGCAAUAGCAAAUUUAGAGUACAGAUCUUUGUAUGAAUGUCAUAUGCCAUUAAAUGUAUUCUUUUGAGUUAAGCAAUCAACAUGAGAAUCAGUUCACAA